CGGAGCUUUAAUACAGAUGCGCUCUCGGUGCGCUCUGCGUUCAGAAGAGAGCACGGACAACAGACCGCACCAUGACAGCCCCAAACAACAGCUACGAUGUGAUCGUGGUCGGCGGAGGGAUAUCAGGCUUGAGUGCAGCUAAGCUACUGAGGGCCAGCGGGCUGAACCCUGUGGUGUUGGAGGCGAGGGAUCGAGUCGGAGGUCGAACUUUCACCUUCAGGAAUAAGGAGACAAAGUGGGUCGACCUGGGUGGCGCUUACAUUGGUCCAACUCAGAACCGGAUCCUUCGAUUGGCCAAAGAGUACGGCAUCAAAACCUACAAGGUCAACGAGGAGGAGAACCUGCUGCAUUAUGUCAACGGAAAGUCGUACCCAUUCAAAGGCUCCUUCCCUCCGAUCUGGAACCCCAUCGUCAUGCUGGACUUCAACAACCUGUUCAGGACGAUAGACAAGAUGGGGGAGGAGAUUCCCAGAGAAGCUCCGUGGAGAGCGCCUCACGCAGAGGAGUGGGACAAGAUGACCAUGCUGGAGCUCUUAGAGAAAAUCUGCUGGACCAGUACUGUUCAGCGCUUCGCCACCCUGUUCGUCAAUGUGAAUGUGACGUCUGAACCCCAUGAGGUGUCGGCUCUGUGGUUCCUCUGGUACAUCAAACAGUGUGGAGGAACCAUGAGGAUCUUCUCCACCACUAACGGGGGACAGGAGAGGAAGUUUGAGGGCGGCUCCAGCCAGAUCAGCGAGUGCAUGGCACAAGAGCUAGGAGAUCGGGUGAAGCUGGAGUCUCCGGUCUACAGGAUCGACCACAGUGGAGACACGGUGGUGGUGGAGACGCUGGACAAACAGACCUACAUAGGGAAAUAUGUGAUCUUGGCCACGCCCCCUCUCAUGAACAUGAAGAUGCACUUUAACCCCGAGCUGCCCCCCCUCAGAAAUCAGCUGAUCAGCCGCGUCCCGAUGGGCUCAGUCAUCAAGUGCAUGAUUUACUACAGAGAGAACUUCUGGAGGAAAAAAGGUUACUGCGGCAGCAUGGUGAUCGAGGAGGAAGGGGCUCCGAUUGGCUUGACGCUUGAUGACACAAAGCCUGAUGGGAGCAUUCCCGCCAUCAUGGGAUUCAUCCUUGCUCGUAAAUGCAGGAAGCUGUCAGACCUGACCAAAGAGGAGAGGAAGAAGAGGAUCUGUGAGAUCUACUCCAGAGUUCUGGGCACAGACGAAGCUCUGCAUCCGGUGCAUUAUGAGGAGAAGAACUGGUGUGAGGAGGAGUACUCGGGGGGCUGCUACACGGCUUACUUCCCUCCAGGAAUCCUCACCCAGUACGGCAGGGUGCUGAGGGAGCCGAUAGGCCGGCUUUACUUUGCAGGAACAGAGACAGCCACAGAGUGGAGCGGGUACAUGGAGGGCGCCGUGCAGGCUGGAGAGAGAGCAGCCAGAGAGAUCCUGUGUGCGAUGAAUAAAAUACCUCGGAAUCAGAUCUGGCAGACGGAGCCUGAGAGUUUGGACGUCCCCGAACUCCCCUUCCACACCACCUUCUGGGAGAGGAACCUGCCAUCCAUUGGAGGUCUCCUCAAGUUCCUGGGAGUCUCUGCCGUCCUGUCUGCCGCCACCGCGGCAGGCCUGCUCGCCUACAAGAAGGGGCUCCUCCCCAGGAGUUAAACCACACCCCCUUUCACCUGCCUGCUCGCUCCUCUGCUCCUCCAGGAGGAACAUCUCCACAGACAACGUACCUUCAUGUGUACUUUAAGUGUGCAUACUAACGAUGAUGGGUACGGCAUGUUUAAUGAGAAGAAAGACUGAUCAGCUGAUAUACUACACUAACGCACAUGCCAUCACUCUGUUUUAACCAGAGAGAGAGAGAGAGAGGGCGAGAGACAGGAUGUCCUAAAGGUUUAAAGUCUGAGAGGAGAUCCAUGUAGGAAAAGGAUCAGAUUUUUAAAGCAGUGAAAGAAAAAGAGCAGAAAUAAAACCUUAAAAGGAGAAAAUCUAUAUAACAAUCUAUAAAUCUAUAACUGUUAAUAUUGCCAAUGACAUUCAUGUUCUUGAUUCCAUGUGAGUUUACUAACUCACCAUGCUUUCUGUGCGUGUGAGCUAUGUUGGCGUGCAUGUGCACGUGCUUCAGUGAGUCUGUGUGUUUCUCUGUGAGUCUAAUUACCUCUAAUUUUAGGUGCUGAGUCGUUCUGGCUGCAGCUGUUUGAUGAAUCAUCAGAAUAAAAACCCAGCUGUGCCAUUGCCUGUCACUAAAUCACAGCAGAUUUAAGGUUUCUUUUUCUCUUAGUGUCAACAAAUCUCAACCAAAGAACAAAACCAACAAUGAGUGUAAUAUUUUAAAGUUUUAUUAGCUGAUUAAAGGAGUGUUCAUCUUCUUUAUGGCUAGGGUAAGGCAAGUUCAUCAACCAAGCACUGGUCUUAAAAGCAACGCCACAGUUUAGGUGCAAGCCAGUCCUGAGAGUGAACGGUGGUAGAUUAGGAAAAAAAAUGGUUGCAAUGCCAUCAAAGGCUAUUGCAUUGAGUUCUGUGCAUUAAAAACAUAAUUUACCACAUGAUUUUGUCCUCAGUUAAUAUAGGAGAGUGAAAGAAGAGCCCUGUGGUUUUUUGCCAACACGGGGGAGGAUUUUAGAGGUCAAAUGUUGGACUGGUGUUGUGUUUCCUCACAGCGGUGUUCAUUCAACUCAAAUACUUUUAAAUUGAACAAUUUUUCCAAGUUUAUACUAUUCUUGAUGAAAACAUUUGAGGUAUUUGUAAUAGUAAUAGUAAUAGUAAUAGUUUACCACCUCAUAUUGAACACCUGUGGAAAAGUCAGGUGUCUCUUGGCAAAAAUAGAACAGAGAGACAGAUGCAGAGCUACAACACUCCUUGAGUUGAAAGUCUGCACUCCCGCCUCUAUUUUAGACCGUCCCCUACCACAGGAAGGAAGCAAAAGACUCAGUGGAUAACUUCACUCAUGGUGCAGGAGUGUUCAACGUCGAAAACAACAGUCAUUCACCAGAAACUUGAGCAAAGGAAUCAAAGCAGUGAUCACUUUAGAGCAGCUUUUGAUGAUAAAGAUCAGUUGAUUUUCAAAAAAGAGCUUGAAAUUUCAAGUUUAGAAAACUGUUAAUUUAAGAGAUAAGCUUUUGACUUUGAAAGUCAUACAUGUACAUGAACCAAAACUUAGAAUUUUUUAUUAUAAAGAUAAAAAUACAAAAACAGUUUUUGCUUUCGUUUCCUGUAUUUUUUUAAACUUUUCACUGUUGUAAAUUUAUGAUGCUUAAAACUUAAAAUUGUUGAGAAAAUGUAUGACUUUUCAAACUCUGAAGUUUACAUUUUUCUUAAUUGUAAACAUCCAAUUUUAUAAUCCCCCAAAUUUUAUUUUUCCCCUCCAAAAUGUGGUCUUUUUGCACAAAAAUAACUUUGUUUUUUAAUCUUUAAGGGUGCAUCUAAUAUUGACAGCAACAGAGCUGCCACCAGCCUUCAUGAGACCUUUGGUCCUCCCUAGCAGUACCCAGACCCCAGAUUGCUGCUUCAUGUAGCAUGCAGCAGUUAUUUUUCCACAGCAGUGAUAGGUCUUGUUGCUGUUGAGGCCUUCACGCACUGAGUCCAUUGUUUUUGGUUGUUUUUCAGAUUGGACAUCUGAUAAAAUGUUGCACAAAUAAACCUUGCACCCAUUUAAAUGAGUUGGAAUAAUGCAAAAAAGUACCAAAUAAUUAAACCAGUUCUCAAAAAAAAUGAUGAAAGUUUGAAAAGUCAGUGUGCAAACAUGAUAAAUACAACACUCAUUGCAUUUCUGCAGCAAUUUUGGAUUAAAAAAAACACUUGUGCAAAGACCGCUCCAUCAUGACAGCCACUAGAAGACACUUCUUGUUUCAACCCUAAAAAUGUCAAUAUUGUUUAAAAAUGUUAGGAAAUAUUUUGCAAAUACUUAACAAAAAAUGUGGUAAAGAAGUUUUCAGUUUUUAAUUAAUAACAACCUUAGAAAUCUCCCUAAUGCUGCUAACUUGAGUGAGCAUCCUGAUAGACGUGUUCACAGUGCUUGUGUGGUUGUCUUAGAUAACUUUAUGCAUCUUUGCCUCUAAAUUCCCACCAUCACAUCAAGCUCUUGCUCUGAUUUUCCCUUCUCUCUGUAUAAUUAUGAAUCUGGAGUCAUACCGCCUUGGGUAAUUCUCAAAUCUUUCGCUCAAGUGGAAACAUUUCCGACUUGUGUGGACGCAUCGAGUCAGCUCCAUUUUAUUUAUAAGUCCAUGAAUCAUACAUUGGCCUCCAGGGGGCAACAUACACGAAUCAUGGCUUAUUUAAAUAAAGCCCUCCACGCUGCCCUCGUGCCAGAGAUUAGUCACUGAAGCCUUGGCUGAAAAUAGUCCAUAGAAAACUCUCUUCAAAUAAUAAAACAGUGCACAGCUAUUUAAGAUUUUAGAAACAUGUCAGAAGCUUUCUAUAUGUCACCUUCUUUAAAAACAGAAGGAUUCAUUGUUGGUUUCUGUGGGAUUUGUUGACAGUGAGUAAAUGGAUGUAGGAAGCUUUUAUACUUUAAUUCAAACUGUAUUUUUUAAAGUGUGACUGAGCUGCUCUGUAUUUGUUUUUAAUGUAAAAGAAGCAUUUGAAUGUAUUUUCUUCUCACUACAGAAAUGAUUUGUUGCUUUAUUUUGAUCAGAUUUAUGA